CCUUCUUCGAUGAAUCGUCAAUCUCCCAUUUUCUUUUUCACCUAAAGGAAUCCAUAACCCAGAAAUCUUCAAUCCAACACAGAGAAAGAAUCGAUGAAGAUGAUUGAUUUACAGGUUUCGUUUCUCGUUUUCCUUUCAGCCCUUUCCUUUACCUCAGCUGCUUCUUGUCCGAUGGAUCUCAAUUACGUGACGAGAGUCCCAUGGAACUCAUCUGUGUGCCGUGAUUUCCACCCAGCUAACUCGACACCCAGAGCCGAAAUCUCUAAACAAAACUGCUGUGUGGCUCUGUUAUCAGUCUUCGGCAUUGGACUCGCCGAGCAUCUCAAAGAAACAACCCUUUUUCAGCUCCCGGAUUUGCCCACUUCCGUCGCCUGCCUCCGAGAUUUCCAGGCGAAGCUUGACGCUCUUUCUCUCCGGAACGACGUCGCUUCCCUUUGUUUUGACCCGAUGCAGUUCGUGAUCACGCCUCAUCUUUGCGCCAACAUACAAACGAUUCCAGAUUGGGUCGCUAAGUUAGGCGAAUCCACUGCUCUCGAUCAAGGUUGCAGGGCCGAUCUCAGUGAUCUGACGGCCUGUGAUACUUGUCUCCGUGCCGGGAACGAGGUUCAUUCCAGGUUGGUCUCGAUCGACGGUAAUAGCUCCCACGGCACCGAUUGUUUCGAUUUCAUUGUUCUUUACGCUGCUGGGAUUGUUAAUGAAUUUGGACCUCAAAGUAAUGGUGUUGUUACGUGUACUUUUUCUUUAGCUUUGGAUGAAAAAUCUGGUUCAAAUAAUAGACAUUCGGCUCUUGUUUUUGGUCUAACCGGUGCUGCUGUUGCUGUUCUUGUUACCUCUAGUUUACUGGGUUUUUACUUUUGGUAUGAAAAACGAUUUGGGAAGAACAAAAAUGGUGGCUCUGGUUCGAAUUUUGAUGAUCCAGAGGAGCAAGGGUCUAGGCCUAGAUUAAGGCCUAAAACAGGUUCGAUUUGGUUCAAGCUCCGCGAUCUCGAGAAGGCUACCGAUAACUUUUCGAAGAAGAAUUUCAUCGGGAGAGGUGGUUUCGGUUUCGUUUUCAAAGGGGUUUUACCGGACGGGACAAUGGUCGCCGUUAAGAGGAUAUUGGAAUCGGAGUUUCAAGGCGACGAGGAGUUUUGCAACGAGGUCGAUAUUAUCAGUAACUUGAAGCAUAGGAAUCUUGUGCCUCUUAGAGGGUGUUGUAUGAUCGAUGAUGACGAUGAGAUCGGAAUCGAUGAUCAUGAGAAAGGGAGUCAGAGAUAUCUUGUGUAUGAUUAUAUGCCGAAUGGGAACCUCGACGACUCUUUGUUCCCGUCAAAAACGGGGAGUAAACCGUUGAGUUGGCCUCAGAGGAAGAACAUAAUCUUGGAUGUGGCAAAGGGGUUGGCUUAUUUGCAUUAUGGAGUGAAGCCUGCGAUAUAUCAUAGAGAUAUUAAGGCUACGAAUAUAUUGCUCGAUGCUGAUAUGAGAGCGAGAGUGUCGGAUUUCGGGUUGGCGAAGCAGAGUAGGGAAGGGCAGUCUCACCUCACUACUAGAGUGGCUGGGACUCAUGGAUACUUGGCCCCUGAAUACGCCCUAUACGGUCAGCUGACAGAGAAGAGUGAUGUUUACAGUUUCGGUGUCGUCGUUUUGGAGAUCAUGUGCGGGAGAAAAGCUCUUGAUUUGUCUUCAUCGAGCUCACCGCGAGCGUUUUUGAUAACCGAUUGGGCUUGGUCGUUGAUGAAGGCCGGAAAAGUCGACGAGGCUUUGGAUCGUUCGUUGAUUGAUAGUGAGGAUUCUGUGAAUUCGAAUCCAAAGGCUAUAAUGGAGAGGUUUCUGCAGGUUGGGAUUUUGUGUGCUCAUGUAAUGGUUGCUUUAAGGCCUACCAUUUUGGAUGCACUGAAAAUGUUGGAAGGUGAUAUCGAAGUCCCCCCGAUUCCCGAUCGACCGAUGUCUCUCGCCCACCCUUCGAUUUACAGCGAGGGCAAUGCUUUCAGCAUCUCGCCCGCAUUAAGUGGACCGCAACUGCAAAAGGGAGACAUGCUCAGGUAAUCUAAAAUGUUUACUCCUCCCAAACAUAAGAUGUACCAGAUUCGAUGAUCGACGUACGAUCUUCCAUAAAGCAAGCAUCGGCCUCAUAUAGCUGCCAAAGAAAACAGGGAUGGUGAGAAAAUCUGGAAAUCGAUCAGCCAGCUUAAGAUUUCAUCGUUUCCAUAGUAAAACAACGAAUCACGUCCAACAUCCUACUUGAUCAUGAAAACCCCAAGUUGCAACUACGAUAUUUGCUUCAUUUUCGAUACGCAUACCGAAUCAUGUCAUUUCUUUCUCCAAAACCUGGAGAGCAUGGUCUUGAACAAAGCUCGACCGCCACAUUCUCUGCAGGUUAUACGAGAGCGAUAUCGGAGAUAUCACCGGCGGGUUAUCGAUGCGCAAAGAUUUGAAGCAAUGGCC